AUGGGCAUGGAGCGGGACGACUCCGAGGCGGGUGAAAAGCACGACCUCAUGACCGUUUUCAAGACGCGGAGCAACUACAACUAUUGCGCCAGGGAGCACUUGACGGCAUGCUCCUUCAAGAGGGGGGAGCUGUCCGGAGCGAAGGAGAUCCGGGAUGGUCAGGGGCACACCAACGGCAACGGGGUGCCCUUCUCCAAGGACCUGUUCGAGCAGAUAUGCCGGCAGGUAUGGAAGAAAGACGACAGCUCGCUGACGGCGGAGCAACUCGUGUGA